UGUUACGAUCACAAUAUGCACUUUGACCUGUAUGUAAUUGUAGAUAACGGCCAGUGCUCCUCGCCCUUUGCUUUGAGUUUCCUUCUGAACAUGAGAGCAGGGUUCCUAGCAGCAGUGAUGUGUUUGUGGACCUGUCUCGUGUUGUUCCUCUGUCCUCUCUACAGGUGUACCUUGCUUCCACCUUGUGACAGUGAGAUCUACUGUUAUGGGGACAUCCUAAGGCAGGUUCAGACCGCCAAACUGUUUGACGAUGACAAGUACUUUGUGGAUAUGAAGCUAAAGUCGGCCCCUGAUAUUGUCCUGACAGCGUUUCACAACCUGACACACGGAGCUCCUAACACAACUGUCCUGCCUUCCACACUGAGAGAGUUCCUUCGCGAGUACUUUGAAGAACCAGGGACGGAGUUUGAGCCAUGGUCCCCACCCGACUGGCAUGACAAGCCACAGUUCCUGAAUAGAAUAGCAGACUCAGAACUGCGCAGCUGGGCCGAGAAGCUGCAUCAUUUGUGGAAGUCUCUUGGGAGAAAGAUCAGUGGUGAUGUUUUGGCCCACCCAGAACAGUACUCUCAGAUCUUCACCCCCCACCCUGUCAUCGUACCCGGAGGACGUUUCAGGGAACUGUACUACUGGGACUCCUACUGGGUGAUCAAUGGUCUCCUGCUAUCUGAGAUGACAGACACCGCUCGUGGGAUGAUCCUCAACUUCGUCCACCUCAUCAACCGAUAUGGUUUCAUCCCCAACGGGGGCAGAGUUUACUAUGAGCGUCGCAGUCAGCCCCCCUUCCUGUCUCUCAUGGUGGAGAGUUACUAUCAGACCACUAAAGACAAAGAGUUACUCAGGACUGCUCUGCCAGCCCUGGAGCAGGAGUACCUGUUCUGGAUGCAGAACCGCUCUGUGGCCGUUGAGGUGAACGGGAGGAAGCAUGUUCUCAACCGCUUUGAUGUACAGGUGGUUCUGCCCAGACCGGAGUCCUACACUGAUGAUGUAGAGCUGGCUGAAGGUCUGACAGAGGAUGCUGCAGAGAGGCUGUGGACAGAGCUGAAUUCAGGAGCAGAGUCCGGGUGGGACUUCUCGUCUCGCUGGUUUGUGGACGGCCAGGGGAACAACAACGGUUCUCUGAGAGACACCAGAACCAGUCUGUUGCUUCCUACAGACCUCAACGCUCUGCUCUGUCGCAACGAGAGGACCCUGGCUCACUUCUACAGGACACUGGGUGAUGAGGCUGCAGCAGUGCGGUAUGACCAGGCUGUAUCAGCCAGGCUAGAGGCCAUAGAGACAGUCCUGUGGGAUGAGGAGAGGGGAGUCUGGUUGGACUAUAGCCUGGUCACCAACACCUCCUCCCCUGCAUUCUACCCCUCUAACCUGGCCCCUAUCUGGGCAGCCUGCUACUCCCACCCUUCAAUGGGACAGAAGGCACUACACUACCUACAGGCUAGUGGUGGUCUUGCGUUCCCUAACGGUGUCCCUACGUCCCUGGUUGAGAGUGGGCAGCAGUGGGACUACCCCAACGCAUGGCCCCCUCUGCAACACAUGCUCAUCCAAGGCCUGUCCAGUCUGCCCUCACAGGAAGCUAGAGAGCUGGGGUUUGAAUUGGCUCAGAGCUGGAUCAGAACCAACUGGCUGGCCUACAUCAAGUAUGAAGCCAUGUUUGAGAAGUAUGAUGUGAACGGAGAUGGGAAACCGGGCGGCGGAGGAGAAUAUGACGUUCAGUUGGGAUUUGGCUGGACCAAUGGUGUGGCUCUCCAGCUCCUGGGCCAGUAUGGGGACCGGCUCACCUCCGGUAGCAGCGGAGACAGCUGCACCCUGUGUUUCAGCGCCACUGUGGCCCUGCUCUGCUCAGCCCAAACUCUGUUCCUAUCAAAUACAGGGUGGAGUUGCCCCUAGACGCUGAUCCUGGGUCAGUUUUGCGUUUUCCCCACUAAUGGUUAAGGUCAGGAGGAAGCUGAUCCUAAAUCUGUACCUAGGGGAAACUUCACUUCGGAGCUUUUUAAAAUGUUAAUGCUUAAAAGGAGGAUGACGGUUAAACUUUACAGAGUCUGAAAAUGAAGAUAAUUUAAACUGUCUCUGUUUCCCCUGUUAACUAUCAUAGCGAGGGUGUGUGAUUAUAACGGUAGCUGAUAUCGAACUGACGUUAAAAACAAGAAUGAUCUUAAUCUAAGGAUAGGGCUUUUCGCUGUAGCUGAACUCCCAGUGUGUCAGGAAGUGUUUCCAUACCAACUGCAUGUUAGAUGUAGAACUACUCAUGAGAGCGAGAGCGUGUCCAAAUGGCACCCCAUUUCCUUAUAUAGUGCACUACUUUAGACCACUUCAAAUGGAUUAGGGAGCCAUUUGAGACGUAGACAGAGAAUGAGAUUUGCAGUGAAGGUCAUUUUAAGAUAUUCCAACCAGAUCUGUGUUGUUGUGUGUGACUCUCAUGGCUAAAUUAAUCAACUGUCUCCUAUUCUGGCCUGUUUGAAGGUCAAAUUGGGGGAAAAAACUGGGGAAUGAUAUGACUGUGUAAUCCCUCUGAGCAUUUGGCAAAAAGACAGUAAAUGACCUGCCGUUUAAUGCAGUCACUAUGGACAGUGUUCAUAGUUUUGAGUUGAAUGAGUAUGGACAAUGUAUGAACAGCUCUUGUUUAUAAUAAAAGGUAUUUCUGUUUGUUCAAAUGACUGAAUUUGUCACUGUCAGUCUUUGCCAGUGUUUGUCUGGAGUAAAUGUUGUUAAAUGUUUGACAAAUGUUUAAAAAGAAGUAAGACAAUGCACUACUCUUGAAACUGCAGUACGUUUACCCUAGUUGGCUGUCUGCAGACUUUCUGCUCUCGUCUUCUAUCUCAAUAUCAAAUUAAACAGAUUAAAUAGAUUUAAAUAGAUUUGCAAAUGGUCAUCAGAUGAGAGGUUAGGGCGAAUCUGCUCCUCAAAGAGAUACCACUUAGCCUACCCUGGAGAUAUGAGGGAGGAGGGGCCUGGAGAUAUGGGGGCCCAGGGGAGGUCUUAUGUUAGGAUACUAAAACGAUCAGAAUAUCCACAAGCAAGGUUCUGGGUAGAAAACUUGUUUCAUGAAACUUUUCUUUUGUAACUCGAUGUCAGUUGGAGUAGAAGUUGUUAAAUACAAAACCAAAUUGAAGUGAAAUAUUUUUUCAUUUGUUUUUUGUUGUUUAAUUUCCUCAGUUAAGAUUGUGUUUUAAACCAGGGUUCUGUUUUGUGGAGAUGGUUCAAAUCAGAAAUGACACCUUUGUUUUUGUUCGAAAAUAAAGCUCACUGAAAUUCC